AUGGCUGGGGCGGUACUCGUACGCCUUUUCAGCCUGUGGGGCGGUGUGUCUGCAACCUUUCAGCACGCCGCAUGUCCGAAACACAACGGACUUGGACUCUUACAAAAGUCGCCAUCCCUCAUGAAGGUGCAGGCUGAUCAUGACGUUGGCAUUGGUGAAGGUGAAGAUUUCUACCCAGUGGAUGGCGGGGUCGGUCGCGCAUGCCGCGGAGCUUCCCCAGGUGACAACAAGGCUGAGUAUUUCAUUGUCGCCACAGGGCAUGAUCUCGAGAGCUGCAAAGCCACUUGCAUAAGCACCAAUGGCUGCAAAGGCAUUGAGUUCCAUGUUUCGGGACGCUGCGAACUUUGGACACGCCCAGGGGGCAUAGCGGCCAGCAUUUCUCUCACGGACUACACUUGCCUAUGGUAUGGCACCAAGGCCAAGGAUUUCAUCCCUGUCGAUGGCGGAGUAGACCGCUUCUGCCGAGGUGCCACCUCCACUGACAACAACGAGGCUUACUUCAGUAUUAUGCAAGGCUUGGACCUUGAUGGCUGCAAACAAGCCUGCCGAGACAACUUGCAGUGUGUUGGCGUGGAGCAUGCAGGGACUCGUUGCGAGGUUUGGACAAGGGCCGAUGGCAUCGAGACAUCAGUCCCCGGAACCGGCUCGUCCUGCUGGAAGAAGGAGUUCUCGCACGCCGAUGGAACAGGUGAUCGCGCGUGCCGUGGUGCACAUGCUGGAGACAACAAGCCAACUUACUUCAGUGUUCAGUCUUCCGUGCCAACGCUGGAUGCUUGCAAAGACCACUGCAGGGCCACACCUGGAUGUGUCGGAAUCGAGCACAUUAACACCCGAUGCGAGAUUUGGACCAGACCCGAAGGGAUUCAGGCCAGCAUGCCAUCGGACGGAUACACAUGUUUGAAGUAUCAUGGGCCGGACAGCAGUGCCACCACAACGUCCGCACCGACAACUACGCCUCCAAGCCCAGCGUCGAGAACCCCCGCAGCAGAUGCUCAGUUCUUGAUUCAGGCAACAUUUGGGCCGACUCUUGCUAGCAUUGAGGAGUUAGGAAAAACCACAUACGACAGCUGGGUCGAUCGGCAAAUGGCUUUGCCAAUUACUUCCCAUCGGGAGUACUACCGCAAGCGUGUGAACCCACGACCUGUGCGGAGUGCAUCGGAUCUCAAUUCAGGAAGUCCACUCUCGCGCUGUUCGGUUGGUUCCAGGUGGGUACGGCAUGCCAUUCUCAAGACCGAUGUGAAUCGGCGUAUCCAAGUUUCCCGGGGCAAGAUCAAGGUGGACGACCUCUUCCGCACAGAUGUGGACCCCGCAUAUGUGGGAAACGGCCUGAGGGCCCCGCAGACCUGCACGGACCUUGCCCCCAAGAGCUGGCAGGAUGAAGGUUGGACUUGUGCAUCGCAGAGAUGGCGGGUGGAGCGAGAAUGCACCAAGGACAAAGAGUGGGUUGAAGACGGCUAUUGCCAGCACACGUGUUUCGAAGUUGGACUUGGGUAUGACGGAGAUGACUGCUCGCCUGGUUGGGCGAACUUAGAUUACGAGGGCUACAUAUGCCAUGUGCGAGCGGACGAGGCUGGUGCAUUCAUCAAACUGAGCACCUCUUCUGGCUGCUCGACGGAUUUCACCUACCAGCUGAAUCCUUCUGUUUGGAAAUCCAGUCCCGACAGCAGCAUCACACAGACGUUGAGCUUCGACAUCUUCCGCCCAGGCGUCCUUCUUCUUCGGGAAUCACCGGCACAAUGCAACCUAGCAACGAUUGUGCGGUCUGCCGCCGAAGGACAAAGCCAUUUCUACAUGCUUGAGGAGCGCCUGGAGCUAGUGGAGAACACGGUGGAGAAUCCAUCUGCAACAGGAUCCUCGUCUGGCAAGUGUCCCACCGUGUCCCGAAGCUUUCUGAACGAAGCCGGUUGCAAACUCCUCCCCGGUUGCUUGCCUCUUGGGCAGCAAAAACUGUUGGUGCCUCUGACCAUCACGAACUUGGCUGCAUUCUACUCAGUUGGUGGACGCUACGUGUAUGCCGUGACAGGUCUCAAAACCACCAAACCACCCUGCGGUUCCAUGUCUCGCUGGAAGCAUCUCGUGUGUGACCCUGUCUGUACUCCUUCAGACAUCGACAACUCAACUGCUGAAAAGAUUCGCAACGCCCUGGAAGAAGAAGCUGAUCAAGGACUCAGUCGUGAUAUUGAGGUUUCCUGCUCGGGCGUCCCUGCUGAAGCUGUGGUACAGGUGGGCAGCGAAUUCUUUCAACAUGUGCACGGUGAUGAGAACAAUGUCUAUGACUUCACAGACUGGACCCUUCAGCACCCGGGUGGCGCAAGCAAAAUCAAACAGUUCACCUCGAAGGGCUAUCUUCUAGUCUUCCCGAGUUGGCACCCGAUGGACAGAUGGGACACUGGCCUUGCAACGGAGGUCAUACGUCCAGGAUUUGUCGGGAAGCUGGGAACCACAGUCCAGUUCCACAAUCUCCCCCAACCCUUGCAAACGGAUGCCCUGGCAGCUGCUCUUGGAGCUGUCCCCGAAGAGCAGGAAUUCUCAGAGGUUUGCGGUUCGCCAGGAGAAGUUUCAAACGAUCCGCAGAGCGGUCAUCACUUGUCCUUCAAGCACGGUGCGCCAGAUGAUUGGUACUUCGACAGUUCCUACGGCUUUUCGGGUGGCAUCGAUCGCUUGGCGAAGUCUGCCGUUUGGACCAUGCAGAGUCUGCACGCAGAUGAUCAGCUGCGACAGCGGGCCGCCUGGGCAUUAUCGCAGAUCUUUGUGUGCUCCGUUCACGGUGGAGGUUAUCGUGAAAGAGCAGAGUCAUGGCUUUCAUACUAUGAUAUCUUCGUGCGGAAUGCCUUCGGCAACUUUCGCGACAUCAUGCAGCAAGUGACCUACAAUCCUAUAAUGGGAGACUAUUUAACAUACAAAAGGAAUCGGGCAUGGGAUUCAGUCGGCAGAUUCCCGGAUGAGAACUACGCACGCGAGAUUAUGCAGCUGUUCACCAUCGGCCUUUGGAAGCUGAAUCCGGACGGCACUGACAUGCUGGACCAGGACGGCAAUCGAAUUCCCACAUACUCAAACGACCAGAUUAUGAACUUCGCUCGUGUUUUCACUGGCUUUGAUGAGCAAAGGGAUCGAGGCAACGUGGAGUAUGUGGAUGGGAGGAAUCGUAUCGACCCCAUGCAGAUGAAGGCAGAUUGGCACGACAAAUACCCAAAGCCAGACCUUGAUGGUAACUAUUUGGGAGACGGCUAUCCCCUGUGUUCUGACCUGCCUGCGGGAGCAUUUUUGAUGAAGGGUGCAAAGUACCAUUUCGUGGGCCAUGUCCACGACGAGGAUGAUGGAGUGCUCAACCUCAGCAGCAGUUCAGCAUUGCACCAGGCUUUGUGUUUCGAGGCCAGUGGCAAGUGCAGCUAUCGGUUGACCGUGGAGUUAGCCCAGACGCUCACAUGCACAGGUGCAGAGUGCACGGCCGACACGGUGAAGACCGUCAGCGUGUCUGGCGGGCUGUACGAGUACGUGGAGCCCACAUGUGUGAACCUCUUCUUUUUCAACGGCCAAGCAACCAGAAAAGGGGGCAGAUCGUGGGGAUGGACGAAGACAUGCCGUGAUCCAAAUGCUCUCGUUGCCGGCAUUGCUUGUUGCAACGGUUGCAAGAACAGCACAACAAGCUGGAUGCGGCGCAAGGGCUACACGUGCGAGAACGCCCAAACCACGUGGCCGUCGAUGUUUACUGACAAGUGCGGUCCCAAUGGUACCGAUAGCUGGUGGCAGGAUGCGAAGUUCUGUCAGCUGGCAUGCUGGGAAGCUGGCCUGGGCUAUGAAGGCGAUGACUGCUCCUACGGCUUGUGGCAUGGGGAACGACCGUGCAACUACGAUUACGAGCGUGUACGCUUUGCCACAGCUGAGAAGAUGUGUAAAGCUCGCGGGCUGGAAGUUUGCAAUGAGAAGUUGGAGGACUACGGUUGCCAAUACAACGACGAGCAUGUAUGGACUCCGGAGACUUGCUCCUACGAGGUCAUUGUCCAUGAGGAUGGAUUGGUCAGUUCCAACUGGACAAGUAAGACCAAGCAGAAUAAGAUCAAAGUCUAUUGGCAGGACCGCUUGUAUCAGUAUCCAAAAGUAGACAAUGGCCAAUGCCCAUCAGGCUGUGUGGUAGCUGAUACGGCAUGCUCUUGCGACAUGACAGUCGAAACCAGGGUGGCUUUCACUUCCACGCCGACGGCCAGCGAAGUGGCCAAGUUGAAGAUCGGGGCCGCCCCACCGAGCAUCGCUUGCUCCUCAAACUGUGGAGGUGAAGUGCGUACAUAUUUUCUCAAGGGCCAGUUUGAUGAGAGCACCGUUUUUGAGCACAACGGAGUCUUCUACAAGAAUUCGGAAAGUGUGGUCAAGGUGGGCAGCUAUGAGUUUCGCAAUCCUCCAGUCUUCAUGCCAACGAACUAUGCUGAACCAAAGCAUGCUUUGGCAGAGGUAGAAAGCCUGCUCGACCAUCUCUUCAACCAUCCAAACACAGCCCCUUUCAUCAGCUAUCGCUUGAUCCAGCGGUUUGCAAGCUCCAAUCCUUCCCCGGCAUUCGUGCUCGAUGUGGCCAACGCUUUCAAAACUGGUCGCUACAACGGCAAAGUGUAUUCCGGGAAGUACGGGGAUUUGGGUGCCACUUUCGCGGCCCUUUUGUUGCAUCCCGAAGCCCGAGGCCAAAGUACGCCUUCCAAUGGAGCACUGAGGGAGCCGCUUCUGAAGCUGAUGCACCUGAUGCGAGCUAUGGAGUACAAAGACCAGGCGCAGAGGAUCGUCAUGAUUCAAAACCUGCAAGACAAGAUCGGUCAGUGGCCUUUCAACCAUCCGUCUGUAUUCAACUACUACUUGCCGGAUUUCAAGCCAGACAAUUUCCCGCAAGGAAUGGUUGCACCGGAGUUUCAGAUUUUCACUCCACCCAUGGCUAUCAAUUUCAUCAACGGACUAGCCUCUUUGAUCGAUUAUGGACUGGGCGAGUGCAGGCGAGGUUUCGGCUUCUGGUCAAGCAAUUGCUCACACGGUGUACUCCAUGUGGGGGAGUUCGAAUGCCUGCAGCCCACCAUUGAUCAGAUGGAUCUGCUCCUUACGGGUGGGCGAUUGCACAACAAGGAGUUCAUCAAAGCCGCAUAUCAAGAAGCCGAUGGAGCGGACCGGUACCAGGUGGCGCAGAAGGCGGUAAUCCUCAGUCCAGAGUUCAACAUUCUGGGCAGCUCGCUUCCGCUCGGACCGCGUCCUCCUCCGGUACCAAAGCCUGAGCAGCAGCCCCGAGAUUACAAAGCAUUGAUUAUGGUGUUUUUGAACGGCGGCGCUGACAGCUACAACAUGCUCGUUCCAGUCAAUUGCCCUCUUUAUGAUGAGUAUCGCACCGUGCGGGCAAACAUUGCCAUGAAUGUUGAGGACCUGCACCUGAUCGAUGCCAACAAUCAGAAUUGCUCGCAGUACGGAAUUCACUUCGCGCUGCCAACUUUCAAAGAGCUGUACGACAGCAAAGAGUUGGCAUUUGUUGCCAACGUCGGCUCCCUGGUCGAAAGCAUGGACAGAACAAAAUGGAGAUCUGGAUCCGGUGAGAACUGUGUUGGCCUCUUCUCUCAUUCAGACCAGCAACGUGCAGCCCAGACAUUGACUUGCCACUUGGCCUCCGCCUCUUCCAAAGGUGCUGGAGGUAGGAUUGCCGAUGCAUUAGCUGGCGGCAGUAGCGCAAUGAAGACCAUGUCCUUCAGCGUUGCCGGAUCGCAGCCGUGGCCCCAAGGUGUCGAAACCAAUGCCGAAAUCAUCAACAACGGUCAGCCCAUCGGCAUCGAGAAAAUGGAGCAGCUGCAAGUUGUCAUUGACAAUAUCACUGGCAUCCAACAUGGAAACAUCUAUGGCGAAGAGUACAAUCAGCGAUUGUCUGCAGCUUUGGCUUUCAAUGAGCAACUUACAAAAAGCUUGAAGAAUGUGGAGUUGAAGACCUCCUUUUCGACGGAUAAUCGAGGCCUGACCCGACAGUUGAAGGAGGUGGCUCGAUUGAUUGCAUCCCGAGCUGAGAGGAAGGUGGAGAGGGAUCUGUUUUUUGUGCAGCUUGGAGGCUUCGACACACAUGCAAGCGUCGCCUGGAAUCUCCGGCGUCGUUUUGAGGAAGUGGAUCAUGGCUUCAAGCGGUUCGUUGCAGAGCUCAAAGCCCAAGGGAUCUUUGAUUCCACCGUUAUGGUCACACACUCCGAUUUCGCUCGCACAUUGACUCCCAACAGUGGGCAAGGCUCAGACCAUGCAUGGGGUGGGAACUACAUCGUCGCCGGAGGUGCUGUCCAGGGCGGCAACAUCUUCAAUUCCUUUCCGAAGUCCUUCUUGCCCGGAGCUGAGCAAGAUGCUGGUAGAGGACGGCUGAUCCCAAAGCACCCAUGGGAAAAUUUUAUGCGUCCAGUUGCCGAAUGGGUGGGACUCGAUGCAUCACAGCUCUCUGAAGUGUUUCCGAAUAUUGGGAAUUUCGACUCCUCCCAUUUCAUCGAUAAGGCUUCAUUGUUCAAAUGA